AUGCCAAAAAAAGGUCGAACAAAUAUGAAUUUGACUCCUAAGGAAUGUGAUAUACUUACAGCAAAUGCUAAACUUACUGAGCAAGAAAUUCGAGAAUGGCAUACAGAUUUUCUUCGUCAAUAUCCAUCAGGUACACUUGAUAAAAAGACAUUUAUUGAUUAUUAUCAGAAAUUACAUCCACAUGAUCAAGCAGAUAUAACAGAAAUUUUUGAUCGAAUCAAUAUAAAUGAUGAUGAUGGGAUGAUUCCGAACGAUGGACAAAUUUAUCGAAAAGAACUAACUAAUUUAAUAUCAGUUAUGUACUACCGUGCUGGUAUAACUGAUCAAAAAGACAUUAGUGGUGAUAAGAAAUUAAGUAAACAAGAAUUUGUUAAUGGAUGUAUGAAUGAUCCAGUUAUUUGUGAUCUAUUAGUUCCAUGUUGUUAA